CCAGUUGUGAAUACUUGUUAUUCCCGAACAUCGGAUGCUUUACAACCGUUUUAAUCGCAGCAUGGAACCGUGAUUUACGCAUUUACCUUGCAAAUUUCACCGUGCAGUCUUCGUGAACUGUCAAUCUGUCAUAUACGUUAUGUUGACAAAAUGCUGUUAGUUUUACAGUUUUACUGGCUAAUCUGUUCGCAGUGUUCUGAACUUCUGGUAUUAUCCUGUUAAUUCUGUGGUGCGAGCAGACCGUCAAGCAAACAAACAGUACUUCUAAGUUCUAACAUCCACUUUCCGUGUGGAGCAUAAAUGCUACUCAAAUGUCUGAUAAACACUGCUUAACGUCUAAUGUGGAACGCGGCUACCCAGCCGUUGUCAGUUCAGGAGCAACGAUGAGAAAAGCCCCGCGGGACAGGCUGGAGUUUACCCGCGACGUGUACCGCUGCGGUGUGGUGGAUGUGCGUGACGACGCCAACGGCUUAGUGCGGCACGGCAUCAUCCGCGAUCUGACACCGCACGGUGAUUUCUUCGUCGAUUUUGGCCAGUACAACGCCUGCGUGCCCCUCAGCCAAUGCUUGGUCUGGCGGGCACCCUCCCUUCCCCCCUGACACCCGGGACCGCCGUGACAACCCUCUUUCAUACCGCUCCCGACCGGCCGUGGCACUGGCACUCCUCGACCGUCGUGGUGGCCGAGGACACCAGCGCCCAGCACAGUUACGCGUGCGUGGACAUCCACGCCCCGGGCGGGCAGACGGUGCGCACCGUGGUGGCACUGGAGCGCCUGCACGCGGCGGACGGGGACGGUUGGGGGGAGUUGCGCCGGAAGACUCCGGGGCAACCCUACCCGGAUACAUUCCCGUGCCAGGACGGUCUGCGCUUCUGGCGACAUAGGGCGCGGGUGGUGGAUGCGCAGCUGAUGGCCGCCGCCAGGAAGUGGAGCCAGGGGGCUGCGUUCCGCGCGGCCUGGCAUCACGCCACCGGCACGAUCAGCGUCGGCUAUUGUGUACGCGAGACGGGGAACAUGGAUUUUAUCUACCUUUCCCACGAGGAGGUGCCGUUGCCUGAUACGGAAGUUUUGAGCAAGCUGCGUGGUGUCACCGAACAGUUGGAACAGUCUCGAGGGCUGAAGCGAUCACCUGACGUUGCCGUCAGCAGACCGAUGAAAAAGCCGGCUAAGCAGCGCUCCGAUCUCAGCAACAACUGCGCGGGGGAGCUCCCCGUGUCCGCCUUGACACCGGAAAUCACAGCGGAAAUUCUGUCCUGCCUGACGGUGGGCGAACAGACUACAUACCGGCGCGUCUGCGCCACAUGGGACGCUACCGCCGCCGCCGGCCGGCUGACCACCGUCAUCCUGGACCCAAAAAAAUAUCUUCAGGAAAAACUGGCUUUAGCGCUAUACACGGCGGUCCGCCCGACCACCCAGCUGCUGGUGAUCACCAACGGGACGCACGAGCGGGAAUUUGAUGCGUCCUUCCUCAACGUGGUCAUCGGCAUGCUGGGCGCUCUGCACAUCCGGGUGCCGUGCAUCGUGCUGGCCGACACCCAGGUGACGGCGCGCGAUCUUUACGUGGAGAGCUGGCGGAAAAGCGACCCAUUACCGUGGUCGACGGUAUGUCGGCGCUUGCUUAUGCGGGGCGUGGCGGUGCUGUUCCAGCAGCGGAAACGCGACGAUAACGUGGCUCGGGAGUGUGUGCGGCUGGAAGACUUGCUGCUGAAAGACUACGGGAUAAAGGAGCACUGCUGGGACUUUACGGAAUGCACGCGUGGCGCCUUCACCGAUGUCCUCGGCGUGUUGCGAAUUUUUGACGGCAUUCGGCGGUUCAACUCCUAGUGGGUGGUGCCACAAUGCCGAUUUUCACGCCAAUGUAUACAAAUCAUUCGAACCGUAUAGAUAAAACAAUGCAAAAAAUAUGUUCCGGGGUGCAGGAAAGCGAAAGCUGCAUCGAAUAAUUAUAAUAUGCGAGUGCGAAUUUGUAUUACAUGUUUAUUCUCAAUAUGUACAAAGCGAGCUUCAAUCAACAAAUAUCAUCAAAUGAAGAAUUUGUGACUGUACACAACACACUCAUAGCAUUACCACGCAUAAUCUCCAAACUUAAACGUUGAAACAAAAAAUUUGUAUUAUAUACCCACAAGUGUAACAUGAAAAGUCUUGCUUAUGACCUUUGCAACAAGCGCGCUUUAACGGCGCGUUGUGUUUGCUUGUCCUCUUUGAGAUCCGUAUAUCUUUUAUUUCGAUCCAUAAUUCUCCCGGCUACAAUCAGACACCAUUGCUUCGAAUUUGUUAGGGAGCAGUUUUGUUGCUGUCUUCUUGGUCAUCACGUUGAUGAACGUCCGUGGUUGGUCUCGCGUGGGUCACCACUGAAAAGACGGCCGCGUCAUUACGGUGGCCCC